UAAUACUGCAGCCUGGCAACGCAACGGAGGAACUUCUGAUGGUAGAGGAAAUGAAACUAGACGGCAUGGGAACAACAGAAACAUGAUGAAUUAACACUCAUGACUGGAUUGGAAGUACUGAGAGGUCCAUCUGGAAGGCCAUAAUGCCUCUGAUGGCCGUGAUGCCAUCAUCCUCGCUGCUGAUGCUGGUGGUACCAUCAGUGUGGAUUUCAGAGAAAGCAAGCUGAGGUUUAUGAAAAUUCUUGAGACUUUGGAGUUUCCUCGCCCCCGCCAGAAUCUGUUGGGUUUGCGGAUAUAAGCAGGGAGAAAAGACUGAUGGAGAGAAUGGAUGCAGUAUUAUGUGACUGACUCAAGUCUGUAGCAUUAACUGCUACUCAGAUUGGGAGCAGGAAUAUGUCUCCUGGAUUCUUGAUGUCUGUUUAAGCCUCUGUGCUAGGAUGCCUCGCUAUUAUGCUUUUAAAGGACAGAUGGUAAUGAGGUCCAAAACAAACUAUUGUUGCUCAAUAUUCUCAAAGAAAAGAUGAAGAAAAUAGAGUACUUCAGUAAUAUCAGCUUUUAGUCAAGAAACAUGCACCUACACCCAUGUAUUAUGCUAGCUCACCUGCUCUUCUGGAGUAUUAGGUCUUCGACUUCAUUAUUCCAACACAUGGCAUACAAGGGAGAGCAGAUGAAGAAAGGAUGAGAGGUGAAACAAGUGCAGAUGAGAGAGAAGUGGAGGUAAAAGUCAAAACCAGAAGGAGGAGAAUGAGGAAGACAAGAAACCGCACAUCCUGGAGAUGGCCUGAAUUCAAUGUAAGCUGCAGAUAUGGAGGAGUGUUCCACGUGGAGAAAAAUGGUCGCUACAGUCUCACGCGAACUGAAGCAAUUGAGCUCUGUAGAGCUCUCAAUAGUACUCUGGCAACACUGGAGCAAUUUGAAAGAGCUCAUGAACUUGGAUUUGAAACUUGCAGGUAUGGUUUUAUAGUGGGGCAUAUCGUUAUCCCACGAAUCAAUCCAUAUCAUCUUUGUGCAGCGAAUCAUACAGGCAUUUACAAACUUUCAGCAAAUACAACUGGCCGGUAUGAUGCAUAUUGUUACAAUGCAACAGAAUCGAGGAACAAAGUAUGUGAGCCAGUUGAAAGAAUAGAUACUUCUUUCCUCAGUAAUCAAAGUCAAAUAGUUAUUGACAAUGAGGAUGGCUCACGUUAUAAUGCAGAUGGCACGCGUCAUAGUGGAGACUCCUCAACCUCUGGUGUGGAUGAUGAAAAUUUAGGUAGUGGAUCAAUACAUGACACAACUCCAGGGGAUACCUCUAUCAGGAGAUCAAGUACUUCAUAUUAUGGAAGUGUUACUCCUAUCUCACAUAUGCCAGAUCAUUCUUCUGGAGGAGGCGAAAAAGACUUUCCUGUGAAACAUUAUGAUGAUGAAAUUUCCCCUGCAUCAACUGAAAUCUUGGCAACGACUAGUGAUUUCCCCAAAGAAGAUGAUGUACAGCAUCCUGCAAGUACUAGGUCUACAUCCAGUAUAGGUAGUGAUCAGGGACCAUACAAUGGAGACGGUGAACCUACUCCUGUCCCUGGAGAGUCCACAACAACAACUGUAAAGUCACAACCAAGGUCAGCCCCCGUACCAGAGUGGCUGAUCAUCGUUGCCGCUCUUCUGGCACUGGCAUUGAUCCUUGCAGUGUGCAUCGCCGUUAACAGCCGGAGGAGAUGUGGGCAGAAGAAAAAGCUAGUCAUUAAUAAUGGCAAAGGUGCAGUGGAGGACAGGAAGACAAGAGAAUUAAAUGGAGACGCCAGCAAAUCACAAGAAAUGGUGCACUUGGUUCACAAAGAACAGUCAAAUGACCAAACAGGAGCAUGUGAUGAAUUCCUCACCGUUGAUGAAACACAAAAUCAUCAGGAGGUUGACAUGAAGAGCGGAGUGUAGCGGUACAAAGUCGCCAAAUAGAUCAGUGCUGGGAAAAUCAAAACCACACGGACCUUGGGCAGGAAUUCACAGAUGCACUGUGCUACUGAUGUCUUUUGAGCACAAUUAAGUUUAAAUUUUCUUCAUUUUUAAUUAUUUUAACGUGAUGUCCGAGUUACAAAAUUGACAUUUGCUUUCUGAAAUAAGCCCCAAGUGUUGCAGUCAGUUCCCAAUUCCUACGCAGAGGGCACUUACUGUGUCCUGGGCAUGUGGCAUGUCAUUGUUCCCCAGAUGCAGUGCCUUCGCUGUGCGGAGAUACAGAAGCAUCCAGUUGCUCCAUCUUACAGGCAUUUAAGGUACUAAACUUGUCAUGGUACAACAGUAAGUGAGUAACAGAUGUCAAGAGCCAAAAUAAAAAAGGCUUAAAACAAAAGUGCCUCCUAUACAAUGCCUAACCCAGCAGAAUCCACCAGCAAUGCCUUCCAGCCAGGAAGAGCGGUAGGUGCAUUCAAAGUCUGCCAGUAAAAGCAAAAAGUGACAUUUUGUAGUGAUUGAUGACUUGGUCUGUAACAAGAGAAACCCGAAAGGACAAAGUUUAUUUAUCUCUGUUUUAAAAUGUCUGUGGGCAUACAGCAAGUUUUAUUGAGAGGGGGAACAAAGGGAGAAAAACAUGAGCUGAUACAUAAUAAACUUCUCUUCUUUGUAAUCUUAACACAAUCUGUACAAAUAUCCUUGAGUUUCUGAGGUGUCUGAUGCUCUUUCCCCUCCCUCCUUCACUGAUCACAGUUUGUGUAUGUUUUUUAAGGAUUCAGUUAGUAAAAUUAAUGAAAUAGAAUGACCCCCAGCUCUGUUGUGAAUGCACAAAUCAAGCAAUUGGAAGUCAUCAGAGAUGAUAACAGCAUUUUUAUUUCAGAAUAAUAGGGCUCUCUCUUCUCCUGCUCCAUUUUACUUAGGAGAUGCUGAGCCCAGAGCUUGUUUCUCCCGUAACUGUUGUAUUGCACCGGUUUGCCAAUAUUUUAAAAGUUACUUUUGUACAAUCUUGCUCACUUCUGAUUUCUGUUUCAUCCACUUUUUCCUUCUUCUUGUCAAAAAUGCCAAAAGAAAAAUUGUUGGUAAGAGAAGCUGAAAUUUUACAGAAAAAAAAUCGAUGAAAUUUUAAGGAAACUCUCCCAGUAAUGUAAUAUAGUAACAUAGCUGCAGCUGCAUUGUUGUACACUUUUGUUUUGUCCUUGUAUGUCUGUUAUGUGAAGUAAUUGUAUUAAGCUAUGAUGCUGUGCAUUAUAUUGAUAAGAACUGCCAGAAAGAAAGUUAUUUACUACCAGUGAUCUGUGCCAUUUUUAAGAAAGCAUAUUGGAGUGGAGAAUAACUUCUAAUGGGGCUGCCUCAGAAAAAAUGCAAGUAAAACCAACCAGAGGCAACUGCAAGCAGCGAGGUCUGUGUUAGCUGGGAUGGGAAUGUUUGGUAAGAGAUGUUUGGAGGUACCUGUUCCCUGACCAAAGCACCUGCACUGGAAAACAUUCUGCUAACGCAUGUUAUUUUAUGCUCUCCAUCUGAAGCAGUGCAGAGGAUGAGCUUUCUGCUGGCUACAUGCUAACAUUAGCUAGCUCUGGUCUUUACUGGAACACGAAACACAACCAAAAUCAUGAUUAUGGUUCUCAUUUUACAGCCCUUCAGCAGUUUCCCAAGUGUUCCAUCGAGUUGCUCAGAGCCGUGGUAUCUGCAGGCAGAUCUCCUCAGGGAAAAUGUGCACCUGGGCAAAAGGCCCCAAGACGAGGUGUGAUUUCAGUGUACACGGAGGAUGCUUUCUGACUCUGUGUAUGUCUCAACUAUGGGCAGUCCAAGAGUGUUCAAACAAGCUGAAGCCAAUAAGGACAAGGUGACGUACACUGUCAGUACAUGUGGCCCAUUGUCAAACCUCUCAGCCCAAUCAUAAGCACAUAUUUUAAUACUGAGCUGUGCUGUGCGAACUCUGUUGAUGGUCUGCGUUGGUUUUUGUUUAAUCCCAUAGGGUUUUAAUGCAAGCUUUUCUAUUUGUUAUUAUAAAUUGAAAUGAUCUAUCGAAGGCUGUGUUUAAACUGGUAUUACAUACACAUUUCUCUAAGUGUGGAGAUCCAGAAUAAGAAUUUUGCCUCUUUUUAAAUCUUAAUUUAAUAUAAGCCUCAAUCAAAAGGAGAUCAUUCCCUGUCUUGAAGGGUAAAUGUUCUUAAAAAAAAUAAAAAGGGCCACAUCAUUUUAUUCAUCUUCCUAGAGAGAUGUUGAGAAAAUGGAGAAAUCCACCCAUCGUUCUAAUUUAUCUCAUGCUCGGUACCUAUGAAAGUAUGGACCACACUUGUUGGCUUCUUUUUAUAUUUUUAAUAGGGAGAUGCUCAAUUUCUCUUCAAAAAGGCAAUGCCGUUAUUUUAUAUAUGCUGAUUCUUUUUAGAUGAUGUUGUGCAACUGAUGCAUAAUUAAGUUUCAUUACAGUUUCAAAACUAGAUGGCCAUUUCAUACAUGUAAUAUAGUGCAUAUUUUUAUUAAUCUCGGUUUUAUUAUUUCAGGGGUUGUUGUGUGUAUGUAUUUUUUAUAUAGAGCACUAGAUAUAUUUGCAUAUUUAUUUAACAGAUUAAUCAAAAUUAAAGAAAAUAUCAUCUCUAAAUUGUAAUUAGAAAAAGUAUUGCCAAAAAAUACCACACGGAACUGUAAAAUAACCUUCCAAAAAUAAACUUCAUUCCAUGUUGAGGGUAAGAAGUGAGAUCGAUGUUGCUAGUGGGAGAGGAGAAGUGUUUGGCAGGCUGGUCAUACAGAGCCAAGGUCAGAUCUCCUGCUUGCAGCUCCCAGCCAGAACCAGCUGAAGGCUGCGGGACCUCUCGUGCUCCACCAGCCUCCCAUGGGCCCCCAUAUACAGGGGGUUAGCGACAAGCUCAGCUCCCUCGGAGCACACAGCUCAGUCCAAGUUAAGGUGGAUGCAGUGAGAUGGAAAUAAUGUUUAAAGCAAUAAGUAUAUUUAAAGGAGAGGUGAUAUUUUUACAAGAAUAUAGUAUUUUCAUUGAACGAUCCUGGGUGAUGGUUUCACCUGUAUUUCUUGAAGAUCCUAAAAGGAAUGUUUGAUUAAAUCAGAGAAAGGAUGUA